GCUGUAUCCUUGGUGAAAAACCCAAGCAAGCAGGCCAAGGAUGCUUAUCAACAGCACCUGAACGAUGACCGCGAUCCAAACAGCUAAGGCGAUAAUACUACAAAGAACGGUGCCAUACGUAGCUACCUGGUGAUCAGGGACACAGCCCAAAUACGAAGCGGGGUUGUAGCUUAAACAGCUUAAGAGCUGCCAUAUGAGAACGGUCGUCUCCUCUCUCUCAUGCGACUACUUUCAGCACAAGAAGAGACAGCAUGGCCCCUGGAAUUGGACACCGUCGACUGCGGCCAGCUCGGUUCAAGCUUGAACUAUACACACAGCAUGAUCUCGCAGCCAUUCCCCCUCCAAACCCCUCUAUCCCUACUUUCGACAGCAAGUGUCCGCGCGCAGGCGGUGGAAACCUGGUCACUCGACUGCCCCCAGAACUCACCACCACCAUCCUGCUCUACCUGGACCUAAACUCCCUCCUCACCCUCCGGCUCGUAAACACCCUGUAUAGAACGCUAAUUGACUCGCUGCACCCAUAUAGCCUCCUAAAACAACAUGCCCCACAUACCCUUCGCAUUCUCCACAAAGUCCAGCUCGCGUCCCACUUCCCCCUCCACCAGCUCUACACCGAAUUCCGCCACCCACACUGCCGCGCCUGCGGCGCUUUCGGCCCGCUAGUUUUCUUACCCACCCUAACUCGCUGCUGCGACCGGUGUCUGUGGACGCGGGCACACUUCCAGGUGGCGCACAUCGGUUUCCUGGCGGACCAGUUUCCCGGAAACUUGUCGCCUGUCGAGCUGGAGGCGCUGGUGUCGCUACUUAAGCAGUUGCCGACUGUGCAUGUCUUUCCCGGGGCGUAUGGGAGGGAUCGGUUGCAUUUUGAUAUCAUUGACGAACCUACUGGUCUUGUUAGUAUUGCGGAAGCGGAAAAGGCUACGGUGAAAUGGCUGGGGACUCGUGAGCGGUUUCGGGGGAGUAUAGCUUCUCUAAAGGCCCCGCGGCUGGGGCGGGGCCAGGGCCAGGGCCAGGGCCAGGGGCGGGGGCGGGGUCAAGGUCAAGGUCUGAGUCAGGAUCAGGGGCGGACGGAGUCUAGUAUUAAUAUUCCGCGCCUGAUGGAGAUUUAUGAAAUGGCAAGGUCACGGUGGAUGGGGAUGGGUGCAACAGAUUUCCCGUAUUGGGAUGCGCAGAGGCAGAUGGCGGAGUCCGGGAUUUAUUGUAGCCCAUGCACGCUUCAGAAAGAGUAUGAGUAUCGGUAUGAGCAGGACGAGGGCAUGGAAGAGGAGGGCCAUGGGGACACAUUAAUAUGGGAUGGUGAUGAUCAUGGUGCUGAUGCUAGGAAUACAACCGGCCCGAGGGUCGAUAAUGCGGCGUUUUAUAUGGGGGAUAUUUGUAGGCAUUUUGAGGAGUGUGAGCGUCUGAGGAAAGGGUAUGUGUUUGGAAUGAAGGAUGGGAUGACGCGAGGGAUUGGGAAUGGGCCUGAUUUCUGGAUCAAUGCGGACGGGUGCAUUGUGUAUGAUCGUGACUAAAGUAAAGUAAACUGUUUUGGUUACAAUGUGAUGAUAAUCGUGAUAAAGUACAUUAAGUAUCCGGAUCCUUCUCCAUAGUCAACUGGACUCUACCAGAUUCGCCAAGGUCUCUUCGAUAUUUUUUGAAAAGAGGGGAAGGGGCUUUAAAGCCAUUUAUCAACUAUCCAGCCGAAAAUUUUAUGAAGGAUCAUCGAAUAAGCACUCCUCGCUGGCCCAUAUUACAAUAUUCCUCUUCCCGCCG